CCAGUUCUUUUCUCCCCAAGUCAUUCUACCUGCGGGCAAAAACGAUCUUGAAGUACUAGAAAAUUUAAAAUCUAUCAUCAAGGAAGGUCAGCACGAAUUCUAUCGUGCAGUUCCUCAGCCUGCUGCUCUUGCUAGCCUCUAUUUGGGCCCAACCUCUUCUCAGGUUCCGCCACAUCCAGAACAGCAUCCUGCCGAUUAUUACAACCAGUCUGGUUACGAUAACUCUUCUGACGACCAAAUUCCUCCUUACUCUUCAGAUUCCACAAGGAGGCCUACGGAUCCACCCGUAGUCAAGAAACCAUCAGCAGCAGCAGUUAAUGUGCUUACUUUUGGUCUUACCCUAACCCUCACACUUAAACACGUGUUCUUAGAAUCCAGACCCUACUCCCCCACCUGGAGGACCCAAACCUGGAAAAAAGGUUGAAGCUUCACCCUUGAAAUCCGAAAGAAAGAUGUCAACCGGUCCAGAUAAUUCCGACGCUACUCCCCGAGAUGGUCCUCUUUCAGGCGACCAUCGCGACAGUUCAAAAAUUGACACACCUCGUCCUCUUGGUGACCGUCCUGGUGAGUAUAACACUCGUCCUCCCGUCGACUCUUCAGCACCAAAGUCCACCUACGAUGGUAAAGACGAUGUUAGACGAGACCCCUUUCGUGAUCCCCCACUGGACGACAGAAGGGUCCGAUUUGAUGCAGAACGCCGUCCUCUCGAUAGCCGCCCUAACGGUAAUGACCCUCGACUUCCCCCAAGGGAUCAAGCAUUCCUUGAUAAAGAAAGAGACAGAGAACGUGAAAGAGAGCGUGAAAGAGAACGUGAAUGGAGCCGUGACCGUGACAGAGACCGUCCUCAAUACGGUGGUCGUUCCUAUGGACGCAGUCAUGCUCCUAGACCUCCCCCAGAACAACGCCAUUAUGAGCCCCGAUAUCCAUUUGACAGCGUCCCUCCUCGCCGCUAUGAUUCAAAAGACGAUUUGGAUGCAGAUAGGCGCCCUUCCCUGCGCCCUGACGAUCGCGGUCCACGUCCAUCUCUCGAUGAUAGGCGACCGCCUGUUGAUGACCGUGAAUCUCGUAGCAUGGUGGUUGAUGACCGCGAUCGUCCUAGUCGAGUCACCCUUGACGAUCGUCCAACGAGAGUCGCUAGCUCAGUUCAUAGUUCUGAAGAUCGUACUGUUCGACCUCCGCUUUCACCCGAUGACAAUCACCGCAUGGCUGAUGACAGACCUACUCGCCUUCCUCCUGCCGAUGUGGCACGUGCAGCGGAUGUUGAUCGUCCUCGACCUCUUGAAGAGAGAAUAUCUCAACAAGCAGUUCCUUCUCUCCAAGAACGUCUCAGUCAGCCUGGGGCUCCAAGAGUGGAAAGCCGUAUCACCCACCAACCGAGUUUGGAGGAGCGCUUGUCAAAUGCACCUAUCGCUUCAGAUCGACCCCUUCCGGAUGCCCGUACUAGCCCUGUAGAACCAUCACGUGUACUGCCUUUGAGUGAUCGUCCUGCUGCUCCUGCUGACGUCCGUCCUCGUCCACCUGUUAACGAUAACUUUGCACGCCCAGCAACUCCUCCCCCUCGCUCCAGUGGUUAUGUGGCGCCACCUCGGGCGGCAUCUGUCGCUCGGGAUGACCUCCGUGGACCCAAAGAUUCACCACCAAUUGUUCGUGAUACGCGCGAUCUCCGUGCAAGGGAUCUCUCACGGGAGAGAUCAGAUGUAAGACCACCUUACCGCUCGGACCUUGAUAGAGGGUUCGGUGAUGACAGGCGUCCUGAUGCUAUGGAUACUCGUCGCUAUAGCCCACCACCUCCUUCGGAUGUUCGAGGCAGGAGUUACUAUCCUCCAAGGUCACCACCUCGGGCGGAUGUACCAUUCGAAGCUGAUUCUGACCGAAGGUUUGCGACUGCUGAUCAGCGAGACUCAUUCGAUAGGCGGCGUGACUGGUAUGGAGCUGCCGACGAUGACAAGUCUCGUCCGCCUGUAUGGAGACCCUAUGAUAGAGAGCCCCAGAGAGAACGGUAUGACCGCGAUGCACCACCUCCCAGAAGUUCCGGGUGGGAAGGACGUGAACCGGAACGGAGAGCACCGUUUUCCAGUUCCCCAGUCCGCCCUAUUGAUUCUUCACGUCCACUGAGCUCGCGCCUGGGAGAUGGAUACCUGCCCCCCGUAGACGACCGUUCGUAUCCACCUCGAGACUUCGAGCGUCCACGCUACACAGGUCCAGAUAACGACCCCCCAUUUGUCCGUGGCGUCCGUCCGCGCAGCCCGAGUCCGCCAAGAAGAGGCGGUGCGAAUAAUUCUCUCGAUGAUAUCCGACCGCCUCUCAAACGUGCACGCGAGGACCCACCGUACAGCGGUGGUGGUGGGUACUACUCACCUCGCAGACCGUCGAUGUCGAUGAGUGAUUACCCACCUCGUUCUGCUGCGUCGCCGCCACCGGUAAGCGGGACGAGCGGUGGGUUCUAUGAGUCGCGUGGGGGGCCGCCGCCGUUUAGUAGUGCUUCUGCUGGGGUUGAGAGGGAUUACCCUCCGAGAGAGAGGUCUGGGGAUGGUGGCCCAUCUUAUGGGGGUCCGUACGAUAGGGAUACGAGGCCACCGAGGUCGCCCCCUCCGAGGAUGUAUGGACGGCCUUCGUAUAGACCGGACCCUAGGGAUGAUCGGAGGUAUUUGCCGCCUCCUCCUCGAUCUAGUUGAGGAAUACAUGUAUGAAGAGAUCUAUGUUGUCAAUGCGUUUCUUGGUUUCUUGAUCUUUUUUUUUGUCAUUUCAUUUCUUCUGUAUCAUUUCUGUGAGUUAUCUCUGCUGUUCGACUAUGCAUGGCCGUAGUAUCGUACACGUCAUAUAUUCCGAAUUCUUCUAUUUUAUUCAGAGUCGUAUAAAGUUUGCAGCGCUGCUUUUGAUUCGCAUUGGAUCCAUACGUACUUUCAAAUUUGUGAAUGGAUAUUUGACGUGACGUAUUCCAGUCAAAUUUUACGCU